AUGGAAGAACCCACAUUUUUGUUCCCCCCACCGCACUCCGACCUCGACGUCAGUUUCACAAGCACCACCACCGACCGCACCUUCACCUCCUCAAGUGCUCGCACCAGCUUAGCCCGCACAAGCAGCCUCGCUCUCAGCUUCAACGACCGUCUCUCAACCACCUCAGCCGCUGCUGGAGACACCAUUUCCUCCGCAAUCACACGCCGCCCCCACCGUAGCUCUGAUCCUAACUGGACCGCAAUAAAGGCCGCAACAAAUCUCUCCUCCGACGGCCGUCUCCACCUCCAUCACUUAAAGCUCCUCCGCCACCUCGGCUCCGGCGACCUCGGCCGUGUUUUCCUCUGCCGUCUCCGUGACUACGAUGCUGCAAAUUUCGCUCUCAAAGUCGUUGAUAAAGAUCUUCUUAGUCUCAAGAAAUCCACUCACGCGGAAAUAGAAGCAGAAAUCCUUCACAUGCUGGACCAUCCUUUUCUCACCACGCUCUACGCACGUAUUGAUGUUUCUCACUACACCUGCCUCCUAAUCGACUACUGCCCCGGCGGAGACCUUCACUCUCUCCUCCGCAAACAACCGGGAAACCGCUUUACACUUUCCGCAGCGCGUUUCUUCGCUUCCGAGAUCCUGGUCGCGCUCGAGUAUCUCCACGCGCUCGGCGUGGUUUACCGCGACUUAAAACCAGAGAACGUUCUCCUACGUGAAGACGGCCACGUCAUGCUUUCUGAUUUCGAUCUCUGCUUCAAGGCUGACGUGUCACCUACAUUUAAAUCCUCAACCAAUCAUAAACCUCAUGUGGAUCCCACUUACAGUUGUUUCAGUUACAACACAUCAAAAUCAAGGGAGAGAGUAACAGCUGAGUUCGUAGCAGAACCAACUUCGGCGUUUUCACGCUCGUGCCUUGGAACUCACGAGUAUUUAGCGCCGGAGCUUGUUUCUGGUAACGGCCACGGUAACGGCGUGGAUUGGUGGGCGUUUGGUGUUUUUAUAUACGAGCUGUUAUACGGGACAACACCAUUUAAGGGGUGUAACAAAGAGAGCACGCUGCGCAAUAUAGCAUCUAACACCGAUGUUAAGUUCAAUGUGGCGGAGAAUGAAGAAGUGGGAAUGAUGGAAGCGAGGGACUUGAUAGAGAAGUUGUUAGUGAAGGAUCCGAGAAGGAGACUAGGGUGCGCAAGGGGUGCAACGGAUAUUAAACGGCACCCGUUUUUCGAUGGGAUUAAGUGGCCUUUGAUUAGAAUGUAUAAGCCACCUGAAGUUAAGGGACUAUUGAGGAGGAAAAAAUCGGAAUCGAGUUUGAGGGAUGUGAGUAGUAAAAGGAAGAGAGGGUGGUGGAAGAGACUUGGAUGUGUGUUGAGAAAUAAAGGAGCUAGACUUGAUUUACUUUCCAAUUAUAGUAAUAAUAAUCGUUAUUAUUGUUAUGUUAAUAAUAGUAAGGUUAGGUGA